ACAAAACAUAAAUUAAUAACUAUUUUCUCAAUAACUUCUUGUUUUCCCGUAAUGAGUUUGUUUUGGUCUUUCAAAGUGUUAAAGACCCUACAGUGUUUUUCACUCUCGAUAUUGUAAACUUGUUGGGUAACAUGUAAAUUCCUUGAGCCUAAAGUCCAUUGGUAUCUGACCAAAACAAGAAAACGAGAAUCAAAUUUCUGGUACAUAGUUCGGAACCCAUAACAUCCUCCAUAGUUUACCUCUCAGAAUCACUCGUCCCAAUGUUUGCUUAAAACUCCAUUCUCCAUCCUCCAUAGUUUACCUCCCAGAAUCACUCGUCCCAAUCUGCCGUGUGUUUCUUACAACUCCAUUCUCCAACACUCACUUUAAAAGGCACCCAUUCUUUCUCCAUCAAUGAAUGUACACAAAGUGUUCGAUCAUAUGCCUCUGAGACAUUGAACACUGCUUUGCUCGCUUAAAUCCCCACUCACUACUACAACAUCCCAUUCCCACUCCAUUGUAUUUGUAGUCGUAUUUUGAUUGGUCAUUAGUUUGCUUCAAUCUGGGCAUUGCGAUACAGAUGCUUCUCUUCUGCUUUGGCAAUCUGCGGAAACCUCGAAAUGGCUACUCGGAAGGUUUUGUGGAAUUUCCCCAACAAGUUAUUCACGGUUGGGGUUGUGGGUCUCUGUAUUUCAGAUUCUGUUGCUAGUGUCGCUCCCGUACGGGGUUCCUCUAUGUCUCCUACAUUGAAUCCUGCAAAGACUAACUUAAUGGGCAUAUCAACUGAUGACUAUGUUUUGCUGGAGAAACUGUGUCUUAACCAUUACAAGUUUAAGCAUGGUGAUAUUGUAGUCUUCUGCUCACCAAGUAAUCACAAGGAGCGUCAUAUUAAGAGGAUAACCGGCUUACCUGGAGAUUGGAUUGGAAAUCGUAAGUCAUACGAUGUGGUGAAAGUUCCAGAGGGACAUUGCUGGGUUGAGGGAGACAAUUCAUCUUCUAGCAUGGAUUCAAGAACAUUUGGCACAAUUCCUCUGGGUUUAAUUCAAGGAAAGGUGACCCACAUUGUGUGGCCUCCUCAGAGAAUAGGUGCGGUUCAGAGAAGUACCGCAGGACACAUUUGAUCCUUGCGCAUCACUCCCGGAUACAAUUUAUUGCGGAAGAAAAAGUUUCUCUUAUUGUCGCCAUUUUGGCAUAGCAGCAUUCUUGAUUGCAUUGUUCUUUGUCAACAAUAUUCAAGUAAGCACCCUGCAAGUUCUUGAUCAGGCAUAAAAUCAAACACUGAUAUGAUCAACAGUAUGUCAUAGUUCUCGUUUUGGUUCUAUAUCUAGCUGUUUAGUAUUGAGUGUUGAUCAUCAAGCCGUAAAAACAUGUAUUUUAAACCAUCAACACAAGGAUACUCGACUAGUUAUUUGAGAUAUUGAUUCGCAAUUAACUCAUUGUUUCUGUC